UCUUCAUUUCAGGAAUACAUCACGCAGCACAAUGCGGCACAUUUCACGUGCGCUGGUGUCGACUGGGUAUGAGUGGCAUUGUGUGUGUUGGCUGUAGGGUUUCCGCCAUGAGCUGAGCGCGGUGACGUGUGCCAUCAAAGCGCCACCGCGUCUGAGAUCAAAGCGCCGCCACGUUUGACAUCAAGAGCGCCGACGGCCGCCAACACAUCUGUUGCCAUGCAGCAGUCGGAGGCGUCUGAGGUCCAGCUGAGCGACCAGCCCAACGCGCUCAUCGCAUGUAAGGUGGCAGAGGACGUUUUCAACGAGCACCACUUAAAGGAGCAGUUUGAAGCUUUAUUUCGUGAAUUCGAUCCAGGCGCAUCGUUCCAGUUCUUCAAAAGCUUCAGACGGGUUCGGAUCAACUUCACAGAUGUUCUCGCUGCAGCCGAAGCCCGAGUCAAACUCCACAAGAGCGACUUCAAUGGAAAAGAGAUGCGGCUGUAUUUCGCUCAGUCGAUACACAUCGGCAGCUCUCGCCUAGAGCCUCCUAAACCAGACAAGCAGUUCCUCAUCUCUCCCCCUGCGUCGCCCCCUGUAGGCUGGGAGCAGUCGCAGGAUGCCACGCCGUUCAUCAACUACGACCUGCUGCGUGCCGUGACUAAACUUGGACCAGGUGAGCAAUACGAGCUCCACACGGGAACCACCAACACGCCCAGUGUGAUCGUACACGUGUGUGAAGACGACAGCUCGGAGGGCGAAGAGGAGACGGAGGGCAGCAAACGCGCUCGCCCCAAAAUCAUCCAGACCCGUCGUCCGGACUACGUCCCUUCAGUAAACCAGUGAGAGAGCCGUUCUGGGUGAUUUCAUUUGCCUGACCAACAUGGAAAGACCAGGAACCUGCAGUUUGUCAUCCUGACCACCAGAGGGUGUUGAGCGCCAGCCUCUUCCUAGUUGGCGAGAGAGUUGACCAUUCUCAUAAUCUCAAGUUCAUUUUUUAUCGUCCAUCGCUGAUGGAAUCAGGGACUUGGCAAGUUUCUCUCGUCUUAAGAAUGUCAUUAUUUGCUUGACAUCGCGACUGUGUAAUAGCGAUCACAUCCGGAGGAGUUUUUGUGUAGCACAGAAAGCUGAACAUUGUGUCUGAAGUGUUGAGUGUGUAUUGUGUCGGGGCCACGUGUGUUCAUCGUCAUUAUCAUGUAGCGUUCCUACCAGCUUUUUAAAAAGUCAUUGUCGCUGAAGUACUUCUCAAGCUCCUUUAAGUAUUAAGCACUUUAAGAAUAGAGCCUUAUAACGUGGUAAGCAGACAACAUCCUGAAGUACUCGUCUUUGUAUAUAGAGCGCAACGGUGAUCGCUCGCAUGUCCAGCACUCGUGGAAGUGUGUUUCCCAUUUAUUUUUUCCUGAGAGAAUUCUUGUUUCAUUCUUCAGAGUAUUUAACCCCAACCUAAAUCAAACUGCUUAAGCACCAAGUGUUGAAAAAUAUGACAGAUAUCAAGGGCGUAAUGAGCUAGAGAACUGCUAUCCCAUGAAGCAUUGCGAUUGACACAACCAUGAGGUUGUGGAGGAGCCUGACCAUUUGAUCCUGUCAAUCAUUUUACAAUAAGACUGAAUAGUCGUGAAACUGUAGAUUAGUCCAGAGCCGUUGAAAGAGAGUCGUGAUAACGGAAGUUCACAUUUUUCAGGUGUCACGUGAUUCAUGGAGCAUUCAGAUAGUUCCAGGAAGUUAUGUUUUCUCUUUAAAUGGUUUAUUUGGUUAUUUUUUUAUUGAAACGGGUUAAAAGUUUGUCACAACGUUCUGUUUAGCCACAGCUCCAUGAGUUACUAGUAACUUCCGGGAACUAUUGAGAGGCUCCAUGAACCGCCAUUGCUGUGAAGUCAAUGGAGUUGACGCAACGCUCUCUCUCAACGGCUCUGGAUUACACUCUAGAGUCUAGACUAAGUAUAAAAUAGAAUAUAUUGGGAAUUUAUUGUAUAAAAUUGCAGCUGUGGAAAAAAUUAAAAGACCAUUUUCAGUUUUUGUUAAUUUACUAUUUAUAUUAAUUAUAUUAUAUUAAUUAAUCAUUCUGUUAAUUAGUAACAGUAGUUCUCCCAAAUGUCAAAUAAAUAUUAAAUAUACUGGAGAAACAGUUGAAAAUAACAGAUAAUAUGCUCUGUAUUUUUCAGGCCUCAAAUACUGCAAAGAAAACAAGUAUAUAUUUACUUUUAAACAAUACGACAGUAAUAUUUCUACAUGUAUUAAGGAAACGUUCAAAAGGUAUUCUUUUUUUGUUGUUUUUCUCACAGUUUUCAUGUGACUUGUCGUGCUGUCAGUCUUUCACAUUGCUGUUGGAUGACUUUGUCACUCCCGAGGUUUGAUUUUGUUUGGCCACAAUACAUCUAGAAAUGAUGAUUAAAUGAA